AUGAUCUCCAGAUUUGUCAUACGACAUGUCAGGGGGUAUGCAACUCUCAAACCUGAGCAGGAGGUCAAGGCUACGCUUGAGCGUUUUUCGCAGUCAUGUCGCACAGUGAGAAACGCUAUACGAAGCAGGGCAUAUGAAAGACUAAGCUUCGAGCCUCUGCAGAACAUGGGUGAUGAUUUCUAUUACGAAAACGAGUCGCAGGUGGCGAAGACUUUGCAAAAACUGGAAACUUAUGUGAAUGAAGAGUUGCCAAACAGACUGAAGUACGGCCUGAAUGUCAAGUCGGUGGAUUACAUAUUCCCCAAGUAUGAUACCUUGCCUAGUCUUCUGGUUGGCCUAACAAGGCAAUCUUCGGAACAGGCCAAAUUUGAUCUUCUGGUGAACAAAAUCGUCUAUUCACAGCUGAAACCAUACAAAUUGAUGUACACGUUCAACGACCCUAGGAACAACCAAAAUUACAACAACGACAUGACGUUCAACGUGGUCGACACAGAAAACCCAGCAGAUUGGUAUCCCAAUGCUAGAAGACUCAAGAGAAGGUUUAUAAUGCAUGUGGGGCCUACAAACUCGGGUAAAACGUACCAUGCUUUGCAGAGGUUGCAAAACUGUAAGAAGGGUUAUUAUGCUGGACCACUUAGACUGUUGGCUCGUGAAGUGUAUGAAAAGUUCACUAGCCAAGGAGUCAAGUGUAACCUGGUGACUGGUGAAGAGGUGAUCAUUUCCGUCGAUGAAAACGGUAGUAGGGCAGGUUUGACUAGUGGAACCAUUGAGAUGAUACCGAAGAACAGGUACUUUGAUUGUGUGGUCAUCGAUGAGAUACAGAUGUUAAGCGAUGAGAGCAGAGGUCAUUCGUGGGUGAACGCGGUGAUUGGAGUGAAUUCCAAAGAGAUCCAUCUCUGUGGAGAAGUUUCUGCCGUUCCUCUUAUGAAGAGGAUAGCAGCUUUGACUGGCGAUACGGUCGAAGUGAAAGACUAUACCAGACUGGGAAAGUUGGAGGUUGAAAGGGAUGCCGUUUCAUUCAAGACACUGGCGAAAGGUGAUUGUAUUGUGUGUUUCAAUAAGAAGCGAAUCCUAGACAUGAAGGCUUAUAUUGAGCAACAGACAAGCUUCAGAUGCGGUGUUAUAUACGGUGCCCUUCCCCCAGAGACAAGAGCUCAAGAGGCGACCAAGUUCAACGAUGGUGAGUAUGAUAUACUUAUAGCCAGUGAUGCUAUUGGUAUGGGACUCAAUCUCAAGAUCAGAAGGGUGAUUUUCUCAACCAUCAUGAAAUUCAACGGCCGGCGUAUGGAAAAGCUGAGUGUGUCUCAAACCAAGCAGAUAGGUGGCAGAGCCGGUAGAUUCGGCGUUCAUGGUGAGGGAGAAUCUGUUGGUCUGAUUAGUUCUUUCAAAAAGAGCGAUCUAGCGCCCAUUCGAACAACCAUGAACUAUCCAGUGGAGUAUCUCUCUCAGGCCGCACUUUGGCCUUCUGACAAAAUAUGGAUCAGAUACCAUUCGAUGUUUGCAAAGGGUACAAAACUGAGAGCUGUUUUGAAGAGAUUCCAGAAAGAUUAUGAGAAAAGGGCUGAUCCAGAAAACAACACAUUUUUCCUCACAAAUAUCUACCAGGUGACUGAAGGGGCUGAUUUCUUUAACAUGAGCAAGCUGGAUGAAAAUUCAAACUUCUCGAUCCACGAUCAGUUACGGUUAAUGGCGGCUCCCAUUUUUGGUUCCUUGCAAAUCAGGUCGAAUUCCGCCGGGCUCGACUAUCUGCCGCCCUUGAUGUUGGCCAACCUGUUUGAAGAACUCAUUCUGGCAAUUACUCUGAGGCUCAAGAGAUCGCUCUUGGACUACUCGCACAUGCUUCCUCUGGAGGUGACCGAACCCAUGGGGUAUGAUGAACUCAAAAAGGACGCUGCCAAUUUGGAAAUCACAUAUCUGAAAAAGUUGGCUCCGGGAAGGGUAAGUGAAAUCGACUUCAGCACCAUUAAUCCGGUAUUGGUCAGAUUGAAAACGCUCGAGACCAUGUACACGGCAGUGAUGGUGUUUCUAUGGCUCACCUACAGAUACCCUCAAUGUUUUGUUGAUAUAGAGAGCGCCCAAAAGCUAAAGGAGCUGAUCGAGGCCAGAAUCAGUGAGACACUGGACAUGAUCAGAAAUGAGACCAUCAAGAAAAAUUCCUUCAAGUUUUGA